CCCGUACAUAUGUUACGGUCAGUUACGUGACGGUAUAUAUCACGUGACCAGAUUAAAUCGAUAGCGUCUAUCGAUAUUUACAUUGUUGGUCUGGAUGUAUCGUGUGCAAACACGUCUGCUGUUUAUUAUGAUAAUAAGUGUGCAUUAUAGGAAUACAACGCGGAAGGACUACAUCUGUUACAUUGAAUGAGAUGAAAAGCUGUGACGAGCCAAACACGUCGUGCUGGUUAAAGGAUGGUUUACGUCUGCUGUAUGCGGACCGCAAACACUGUGACGUUCACAUUCGCGUGCAAACACAAGUGUUCUCCUGUCACAAAGUAGUGCUAUCGGCUGCAUCCGAAUAUUUCGACGCGAUGUUCUCGUCAGGUAUGAAGGAAGCCAAAACAGACUGUGUCAAAAUAGAGGACGUUGAACCAAACGUAUUCAAAGACUUACUAGCUUUUAUCUACAGCCAUGAAAACGUGAUAUCAACGGAAAAUGUGGAAGGACUGCUAAUUUCUUCAUGUAGAUUUCAAGUCAAACCUCUGACAGAAAAAUGCGUCAGCUUUUUGACAGACGAAUUAUUGCCAGAUAACAGUAUCGGGUGUUGGGCUAUCGGGCGCUCUUUGUCGUGCCGAACGUUGACAGAUACGGCAUUACAAUACAUUCUUGAUAAUUUCGACGCUGUGGUCAGACAUGACGAAUUCCUGAAGUUAGACUUUCAGGAUUUUUACAGUCUGAUUAGUAAUGAACAUCUAAAAGUUGAAACGGAAGACAAUGUCUGUAGAGCCGCUUUGAGAUGGGUCGACGCAGACGAAGAAAACAGACAAGAAUUUAUGCCGGAAAUUUUAAGCGAAUUGAGACUGUGUCAAGUUAGUCUUGAAUUUAUCCUGGAAGAAAUAUUUACAAGUCAAUAUGUUUAUCAAAAUGAGAAGUGUGUUCAGAUGCUUAAAAACGCUAUCAAAUACCACGCAAUGCCGGAGAGCCGACACAUGUUCCAAACAACGAAGGUCAGGUUAAGGGACGUUUCAGAUAAAAUAGCAUUGAAGUGGGUUCUUGGGAAGCGCCGCGUAAAUUACGGUGACUAUAUUACGGAGUUCAUUGGACACAACGAAAAGGACAACAUUUGGUAUAGUCUGUGCACAGCACCGACUGAUCUUGGUGAUGACUUCGCCGCAUGUUCCGUUGGCGACGAUUUGUUCAUUUCCGGUGGAACAUCCAAACCAAACUGCCUUUACCAUUUUUCAGCUAAACUAUGUAAAUGGAUAGAGAAACCUCAGAUGAGUCAUGGUCGAUACAGGCAUUGCAUGGCCGCUGUGAAUAAAACUUUGUACGUAUUUGGGGGCUAUAAGUUUGGCACAAUUAGCAGCGUCGAAGCUUUCGAUUUGUUGACUAACACGUGGAGUAGAGCUGGAGAUCUGAAUCACGCGGUGGACGCGGCAUCUAUUGCUGUGUAUGGUGAUAAAGUAUUGAUAUUCGGUGGUUGGCAAGGAUUUUCAGAAGAAUCAGCUGCGAUACAGUGUUUUGAUACCGCUACAGGCAAAUGCAGUAUCGUAGGAAGUUUACCGUCGCCACAGAAAGAAACUCGUGCUGUUACCUUUGAAAACAAAACCUACAUCGCUUGCACUAAUGGUGAGGUGUAUUGUUUUCAGCCCGAAUCAGGCGUCAGACUUGUCAACCGGGUAAAGGACUUUAACAUGAGAAAUUUUGGACUAUUUAAAGACAAUUCAUCGCUGUAUAUACUCGGUGGAGAGCAUAUUGACAGUAUUGGCACGUUGACGGCUGAUGACGAAAGGUCUAGUUCUGACAUCAUCAGAUUAAGCUCAACCGUAUCGACGUCAGAGUUUCCGGAGAGUCUUCCCGUUCCUAUGGAAGUGUACCACUGCUACAGCACUGUAGUCAAACUCAGUUAUCCUCUGGUACCUUUUUCUGAACAACUAAAAUUUAUGUAGUUUCUCAUGUGGAAGUCUUAACUCAAAGGGCUUAACGUAAUCGUACUGUUGCUAAUACAUUAAUUCUCUUGUUGUAAAAAGAUAAUUGCUUUACAAAGAGACUUCUUAGAACGUUGCAUUUACACUGAUGCUGUUGUGGUUAAGAGUUUACUGUUUUCAAAGGUUGCACUUACAUCGAUACUGUUGUGGUUAAGACAGUGUUAAUAGACGUUAUCCGGAGCUCGGCAAAUGUGGGUGCUUCCAAGCUAAUCCGUAGGUAAAAACAAACUUUUGACGGUGCACUACCCGUCACAAUAGAUAAAUCAACCUGGUGCGCCUUUUUUUUGAAGCUGUAACUGUAAAGGUUUGUUU